UUGAGUCAUAGAAAUAUGAUUCCUCUUAUUAAAUUAAAGGCUGAGGCUAUAUUUAUAGCCUUUGUGUGUUGUGUAUAUUUUGUGAGUUCGGUUGAAGGCCAAUUGCCUGGUAAAUUUGUUCAAAAUCCUUGCGUAAGCAAACGUACAUGUCACGAGUGUAUACAAACAAAAAAUUGUGCCUGGUGUAUGCAACCAGAUAAUGGGAAUAUGUCAAGAUGUUUUCCAUCUAAUUAUACUGACAUUUGCCCAAAAGACUUUGUGUGGAACCCCGCUACGAUGGAAAAGUUGACCAUUAAUCGGAAACUAACUUUAGGCGGUCAAAGCAGAUCUAAGGAAGAUAAACGUGAAGAUAUUGUGCAAAUAAGUCCUCAGCGAGUAUCCCUAAAAUUACGCAUAAACGAAGUACAUAGUUUACGCAUGCGUUAUUCUCAAGCUGAAGAUUAUCCUGUUGAUUUGUACUAUCUUAUGGAUUUGUCAAAUUCUAUGGCGGAUGAUAAAGAAAAACUGUCGGCCUUGGGUGAUUUACUCUCAGAUACUAUGCGAAAUAUUACCUCAAAUUUCCGUUUAGGUUUCGGCUCAUUUGUUGAUAAAGUUUUAAUGCCCUAUACUUCAAGUUCUCCUAAAAACUUGGAAGAGCCAUGUUCUGGAUGUGCAGCACCUUAUGUAUUUAAGAAUGUAAUGUCUUUAAGCAAGGAUACUUUUCGGUUCUCAACAGAAGUAAAAAAUGCUACAAUUUCUGGUAAUUUGGAUGGACCUGAGGGAGGCUUGGAUGCCUUAAUGCAAGCUGUAGUUUGUCGCGAGCAAAUCGGUUGGCGCCAACAAGCCCGUCGAUUGCUUGUAUUAUCAACAGAUAAUCGUGCACACUUCGCCGGUGAUGGCAAGCUUGGUGGUGUUAUACAACCGAAUGAUGCCGAAUGCCACUUAAGUUCAGACGGAAAUUACACACACUCGGUUAUUCAAGACUACCCUAGCAUUGCUCAAAUCAAUCGUGUAGUGAAAGAACAUGCUAUCAAUGUGAUAUUUGCUGUAACUGAAAGCCAUCAGUCAAUCUAUAAGAAAUUAUCCCGAAAUAUUGAAGGUUCGUCUACGGCCAUAUUAUCGGAAGAUUCUUCUAAUGUUGUAGACUUGGUUAAAGAUGAAUAUAAUAAAAUAUCUUCCUCUAUUGAAAUGAAAGAUAAUGCCUCCCGUCAUGUUGAGAUCACCUAUCAUUCAGCGUGUUUGAACGGUGGCUCCGAAAUACCCACUUCAAAAUGUGAUGGCCUUAAGGUCGGUGAUGUUGUCAAUUUUACCGCCCAAAUUUUGGUUACAUCCUGUCCCACUGACCCCGCCGAAUGGAAUCAAGUUAUUCAAAUCUAUCCUGUAGGCAUUAAUGAAACUUUAAUCAUCGAUUUAGAAAUGUUGUGUACCUGCCCAUGUGAAAAACCUGGAUCAACUGGUUAUCAAACCGAUUCACCAGUAUGUAAUAAUCAUGGUACCCUGAUGUGUGGUAGUUGUGAAUGUGAUGACUUGCAUUUCGGUCGCAAAUGUGAAUGUUCUGCUGUCGAUGUUUAUUCGAAAAAAGGUAAAAAUUUAGGAUGUCGUGCUGAUAAUGUGACAGAAAUUGAUUGCAAUGGUCGUGGUAGUUGUUUGUGUGGUGUUUGCGAAUGUGAUAAGCGUUCUAAUCCGGACGAAAUUAUUUCUGGAAGUUUCUGUGAAUGUGAUAAUUUCUCUUGUGAUCGUCGUGAGCAACUAUUGUGUUCGGGUCCUAAUCAUGGCGUUUGUGAGUGUGGUAGUUGUGUUUGUAAACUAGGUUGGACGGGUGCAGCUUGUGAUUGUAGAGUUUCAAAUGAAACAUGUAUUCCACCCAAUGAUGGUAAAAUCUGUUCAGGAAAUGGCGUAUGUGAAUGUGGCGCAUGCAAAUGUAGAGCAACCAAAGAUGGACGAUAUUCUGGUCAAUUUUGCGAGAAGUGUUCCACAUGUGCAAGUCGUUGUCUCGAGCUAAGAGAUUGUGUCCAAUGUCAAAUGUAUAAGACAGGUCCGCUAAAAAAUAUUUCAGAUUGUGCCGCCAAUUGUACGUCAUUUGUAACAAAAGGCGUUGUAAAGGUCGAGAUUGAUGACCAGAAAGAAGAAAAUCUUUGCACAGUUUAUGAUGAUAAUGAUUGUAAAUUUACUUUUAAAUACAGCGAAGACAAUGAUGAUAUAGUGGAUGUGCAUGCUGAGAUUAAUAUUGAAUGUCCUUCUAAAGUAUUUAUAUUGGGUUUGGUGUUGGGUAUUAUUGGCACCAUGGUGUUGGUUGGUUUGGCUACACUGUUGUUGUGGAAACUAUUGACUACCAUGCAUGAUAAACGUGAGUUUGAAAAAGAACGCAUGGAUGCGAAAUGGAAUACGGGAGGAAAUCCACUUUUUACGCCAGCUACAACAACGUUCGAAAAUCCUACGUAUUCAGAAAAAUAAUUUUUAAAAUAUUUGUGAGGAAAUUCACAUAUUAAUUUUACAAAUUAACAAUGACUAAAUUAUUUCCCACUCAUUUAUAAUCAAUUUUUAAUUUUAUAAAAGAUUUAUAAAACGGAAUUACCAUACAAAAUUUGUUUUAUCAACCUGUAAUAAAUUUAUAAAUUGAUUAUAAAUAAUGCCUUUUAAAUAUAAUGUUGUGUACAAGUAUAAGUAUUUAUGUGUAUUGAUUGUCUCGUAAAAAAAGAAAAGGAUAGUUAUUAAUAUAAGGAAUAUUAUGUUAAGAAAUUUUUUUGUCAUAUCUUUAUAAAUAAAAUUCAGAUAUAAAUAAGAAAGAGCACUAUA